AUGUGCCCGUUCUCCAUCCGAUUCUCACAAGCUCGAAUACGGCCCACAUUCCAGGAUGGAAGGGAGGUAGAGGCAUCCAUGGAGCAGAUCGCUGCUGUCUCGUGUCCAGAAGGACCUCUACAACAGAGAUAUGACGUCCUGCUGAGGGCACCUUUUCCACCAAUCGAGAUCAUCCGAUGGUGGCCGAAGCUGCGUGAGGAGGAUGGUGAGACACUCCUGGACGAGAACGGGAAGACCAUCCUAGGAGAGCCAUGUUGGUUCACGUUCGACAACCGGAGGCUAUACUGCCUUCAGGCAGCAGCUAUCAAGAACUGGCCAUCUCGGUCGGCCGCGGUGGUGCAUGUCAUGCAUGAUCUGCCAGUGUCCAAGUGUGCGCCCAAGAAGUUCCGCACCACUGACCUAGGCUGCUCUGUGCGCAUCUCACGUCGUGAUGACGUGGUGCCGAAAGCCACCUGGACUUGGAUGGAGGCAAAGUGGCCAAGCCAUGCCAGGCCGUCCCACCGGGCCGCCUGGGAUGCCUCUUCAAAGCGGGAUGGCCUGGCUGCAGCCUUCGGCUUCUGCGCCAUCGGGGCCAGGCACUCGAGGCCCUCGAGGCCUUCGAGGACCCAGUGCCAGGCGAAGAACAAGGGCAAGAAAGGGAGAGGACCAACUUUGGCAGACAUUGAAGCAAGGCUUCGUGAGCGCAAGCGGCGACGCGAGUCUUUGAAGAGGAAGGAGGAACUCGCCGUUUCGAACUCACAGAUGGAGGAGACAGAGGAGACCGAGGAGACAGAGGAGGCAGAGGAGGCAGAGGAGACAGAGGAGGAAGAGGCUUGGGAUGAUUUUGGCCGUGCUACUGGGCGAGUAGUUGGAGGAGCCGAGCGUCACGGGCAAGUUCUCGUCAAGGUGACGGACAGCAACGAAGCGACAAUCUGCCAGAUUCCUAGAGGCAGACGGGCGCCGAAGCUGCAACCCAUCGUGGGUGAUGAGGUGAGCAUCGUCUUCACGGCCGCAGCCGGAGAUGCCGAGGCUGUCGUCGAGGAGGUGCUCCCUCGGAAGUCCACGCUGGUCCGGCGGCGCGCGGGCACUCCGCAAGCCCAGGUGCUGUGUGCCAACCUGGACCUGGCGCUGCUGGUGCUGAGCCUGGAGCCCAACUUCGCCGAGGGCAUGGUGGACCGGGUCCUGGUGUCGGCACACGCGCAGGGCUUAGAGGUGGCCAUCGUGCUCAACAAGGUGGACCUCCUGGAGCCCUCCCAGCGAGACGAGGUCGAGAGCCGCCUCGCCGUGUAUGAGUCGGUGGGCUACAAGGUGCUCCUGGUCAGCGCGUUGGAGGGCGACAACAUGGAGGAACUGCGCCAGCUACUCUGUGGGCGCACGAGCAUUCUCAUCGGCAACAGCGGCGUGGGCAAGUCAGAACUGCUGAAUGCGCUCGGUGAGGGUCAAAUUGCUGCAGCUGUCGGGGAGAUCAGCGAGAGGUUGAAGCUCGGGCGGCAUGUCACAACGACCAGCACCCUGCAUCGGCUCCCGGGUGAUGGAGAGCCAGCAUACCUGAUCGACUCGCCAGGCGCCCGGAGGUUCAGCAUCUGGGACGUGACCGCUGCCGAACUGAAGGACCAUUUUCUGGAGUUCUUGCCGCUGGCGCAGAAGUGCAAGUUCUCCAACUGCAACCACCUCGAGGAGCCUGACUGCGCAGUCAAGGAGGCCCUGGAGGAGGGCCGCAUCUCCCGGCAGCGCUACGACUCCUACGUCUCCAUCCGACAGAGCUUGUUGGAAGGCCAGGAAGGUGUGAAGCUCCCGCCAUGGCAGCUGCUGACACAGCCAGAGUCAUGA